AUGCCUAUUCCUAUGGUGAGAUUGAGGGUGAAUGAUGAGGGUGUGGUGUUGUUGCUCAGGUUGGGUUGUGGUGAAGAGGUUGAUUGUGUGUUUGAAUCGGUUGCUGCUACAGGUGAUGAGGGUGAAGUCUCAGCAGACAGGAAGGGAAGAAAAGAACUACUUCCAGAAGCUGGUAUUAUGGAUUACACCAAGGUUGUGGACCAUAAUCCACCAUUAGGGCGCGUAUUGAUGGUCUCAUUCCUCACAUCAUCCCAAGAGUGGAGAAUGAGAAACUUGAACAAGACUUACUUUGGAGAUAGGAAGCAUUUUUAG